AUGGGUAAGGCUGGUGUUGUGAGAAGCCUUACCUCGCAGGAAAGAUAUUCGGCUGAGGCAACAUUGAGCGACUGUGGCAACAUUGAGCGACUGUGGCAAAGUGAUUCUCUAGCUGUCGGCUCUCGCCCCCGACUGACUUGUUUAUUGUGUCCAGAGCUGUAUCUGAUUCAGUUGAGACAUUUUAGGAUACUGUCCAGCUGCGUAGAGAUCUGUAAAAGUGUUAUGAGUGGACAUCUUGGGUAA